UCGUUAUUUACAGUAGCUGGGGCGCAACAUAUCCCAGCCUCAGGUCUGUCGGACUGUCAGAGUGGCAUUCAGAUAACCGGAGCAAACAUCUAGUCUCACGGCUCAAAAGUGUCUCUGGUUCCCCAAACACACAGCUAGCCAGCUAGCGGCGCAGCAGUGAUGGAGUGGCUGGGCAACGGAGCCCCUCUUUACCCCGACGGAGAGCCUGGCGGUGACACAGCUUCACCGGGCAGGGGCUGCAACGUUGUUCAUCCUCACCAGCAGACAUCAUCAUCACACGUCUGUGACAGUGCCAUGGAGUCACUAUGUCAGAGCCAGCAGCGUCGUGUGAAGGCCUCUAUCGUGUCCAGCUGGACACUGGCUGAAGCGCAGGACCGGCUAUGUUCUCUAGGUGUCCACAGCUCCGAGUCCCUGGAGCAGGAACGCGCUCGGACUCUGGUCUGCCCCACAGAACUCACACACACUGAGGAGGAGUGGCGCCGCAAGGAGAGUAUGCUCGGGGGUCAGGAACCCAGCCGCAGUCCGGUACUCGGAGCUGUCAGAAGCUGGGAUGUUUUUGAUAAAAGUAUCAUCAAUGUACAAAGUCAAGCUGUAGAAAUGGAUCAGGACAAAUGCAAGACGUUUCUCCAAAAGUAUGAGCAAGAGCUGAGGCAUUUUGGUAUGUUGCGGCGAUGGGACGACAGUCAGCGAUUCCUUGCAGACAUGCCUCAGCUCAUCUGUGAGGAAACAGCCAACUUUUUAAUUCUAUGGUGCAUCAGACUACAGCAAGAAAGGAAAGAAGCUCUAAUGGAGCAGGUGGCACAUCAAGCCGUUGUCAUGCAGUUCAUCCUGGAAAUGGCCUCAAACUCUCAGCAGGAUCCUAGAGGCUGCUUUAGACAGUUCUUCCACAAAGCCAAAGAAGGACAAGACGUCUACUUAGAAGUCUUCCAUACAGAGCUAGAGGCCUUCAAAUACAGAGUGAAAGAAUAUGCUGUGAAGUGUAAAGGUGAUACUCCCAACAACACUGAACAGCAGAGUACUGACACAAACUACAGACUCGACCCCAAAGAAGCCCAGGACUCUUUACCUCCACAGGUGGCAGACUACUCAAUGAAGCGCUGUCUGGAGGAGGGACUGUGGACAAGCACAGGGAGAUGGACAAAGGAGGAAGCCACAGAAACAGAAGAUAUACGCAUGAUGGAGACCUCCUAGGGAACGUGGGGUCAGCCGCUGCUUUUCUUCCAUCUCCACCGUCUCCCCAUUUAGGAACUAGCUGAGUUUGAAGCCCUCUACACACAGCAAACCAGGCUGGAACACGCCGGUGCAGAGCAGGAAUAAAGGGAAUACACGAUCAGUCUUUGAUUGACGUUCUCAGUUUUCAGAGGAGAACCUGCAGGAAAUAAAGUUUUGCUGUCAGUGUUGCUGUUAUUGUGUCACUGUGGUCGGCCUCCCGCAGUGUCUUUCACCAGCUAAAUGCAUGUCCUGUUGUAACCCGGUAUUACAGAGGGAGAUGUUAUAUCCUUCAAUCCAGUUCCUUUUUUUUUCUGCCUGAAAAAGAAAAACCUCUGGGCUUGAAAG